AUGGAGGUGGAUGACUCCAUUCAAGGUCUCUGUUAUGUGGACGCGCCCAAACCAUCGUGCCCAGAACACACAGAAAUUGACAGCCGGCGGACAGCCAUGUCAUCAGAUAUCACAUGUAACAAACAACCAAACACUAUUGCGCCACCACUUGUUCAAAAUGUUCCCAGUGGAAAAAAAUUCGGGCAGUGUUGGAAAACCGCCAAUAAGCGGAACAAACGUUGUCAUAGUAACCGACCGGACUCAUUCGAAAUUGGAUGUGCAACACAACUUGGCCACAUGUUUGUAUCCCAGACAGUAUUCCCAUGCGCUAAAGGAAACCAGCCCAAGGCAGAGGAUGUUGGUCUUUCGGACGUUCCCGUUGGGGGGCGAGUUUGUAGCAGAUCAGGUGAUCAGGCUACUUCUGAUGUCGCACAGACCCAAGGAAAAAAAAGAAGACUGGUAGUCUGA